CAAACCAACCUGUAAACCAACUUCAACCGACAAACACCUUCAGAUUUCCCUUCUAAGUUAACCAACACCAACUUCCCAAGAAAUCUAAGCUAUUUUCCCUCAAAUCUAUCAAACCCACUUCCCAAAUCUUCUGCAAUUUUCACUCAAUUUCCCCAAUAAUCAUACCUAACCGAUCUAACCCACAAAAUCUAAUCCCUGAAACUUGCAAAUAUGAAACGAACCCACAUUCGAUUCCUUUCCCAUCAACCAUGGUCAAUCCCUUUGAUUGUUCUCUCUACAUUAUGUCUGAUCCUCAUUCUCACUAUAACCCUACUCCUAGGUCUUCAAAAAUCAGUUUCUGAAUCUGAUUCUUUAUUUUCUCAUUCAGAAUCUUCUGAUUCGAAUUCUGAUACUGUAAAUGCAUUACCCAGUUUGCCUCGAUUUGCGUACUUGAUUUCGGGGACUAAAGGCGACGGAGGUCGUGUGAAGAGACUGCUUCAAGCAGUGUAUCAUCCGAGGAAUUACUAUGUGUUGCACCUUGACGUUGAGGCCGAGGACAGUGAAAGGCUUGAGCUUGCCAAGUAUGUGAAAUCGGAGACGGUGAUGAGGGAGUUGAGGAAUGUGAUGGUGAUUGGGAAGGCGAAUUUGGUGACUUAUAAGGGGCCGACGAUGAUUGCUUGUACACUUCAUGCGAUUGCAGUUUUGUUGAAGCAGGCGAAGCAGUGGGAUUGGUUUAUUAAUCUCAGCGCUUCGGAUUAUCCUCUCAUGCCGCAAGAUGAUAUCCUGCAUAUUUUCUCAUACCUGCCUAGGGAUCUUAACUUUCUCGAGCACACGAGUUCCGUUGGUUGGAAAGAAUUUCAAAGUGCAAGACCUAUCAUUAUAGACCCUGGCUUAUAUCAUCCAAAGAAAUCUGGUGUAUUUUGGGCCAAAGAGAAAAGAUCAAUGCCUUCUUCUUUCAAGUUAUUCAUGGGGUCUCCGUGGGUAAUGCUUACAAGAUCAUUUCUUGAAUUUUGUGUUUGGGGGUGGGAUAAUCUUCCUCGUACUCUUCUAAUGUACUACACCAACUUCUUGUCAUCUCCUGAGGGGUACUUUCACACGACGGUGUGUAACAAUAAGGACUACCAAAAUACCACAGUAAACCAUGACUUACGGUAUAUGAGAUGGGAUAAUCCUCCAAAGCAACACCCUCUAAAUCUAACAGUGGAACAUUUUGACGACAUGGUCCAGAGUGGUGCCCUUUUCGCUCGCAAGUUUGCCAAGGAUGAUCCAGUUCUCAACAAAAUUGAUGAGGAACUUUUAAGGAGACCAAUUAGCAGGUAUGCACCUGGGGGCUGGUGUGGGGGAAAUUCUGUGUUAGGUACGGAUCCUUGUAUGGUUAAUGGGAGUCCGGAUGUAAUUAAACCAUCUGUUAGUUCAAAAAGGCUAGAGAAACUAAUAUUGACACUUCUCAGUUCUGAAAAUUUUAGAUCAAAACACUGUAAAUAACUACUAUAUAAUGCUUCAUUUUGCCCCUCGGUUCUUCUUUUUGUUGUGGUGGAUUAGUUUGUUUCAUAACCAUGAUUUGAAGAUUAUUACUCUUUGAAAUUUGGAUUCAGUGAAACAGCAGCAAUCAUGGAGCAUCUGAU